AAAACAAAAAAUACCAAUAAUCCCGUAAAAAAUCCCCAAACCCCAAAAGCCCUAGCUCCACCAGAUCUUGUCACCGCCGGCCAAAAUGGACGACCCCUCAACCUCCAACCUCAUCCACGAUCUCGUCCUCCGCCAUCUGCCAUGGCCGAGUCCAUCAAGCGAACCCUAGCCCUCAGCGGCCGCCACGCUGACGCCCUCUCCUUCGCAGAUCUCUACUCGAAGCUCACUCAUCGAUCUUCGAUUAAGAACCGCUGGGCUCUCCUCUAUCUCCUCAAAUCGAUCGCCGACGAUCGUAGGAAAAGCCAAUCAUCUUCGAUCCCUAAGGUGUCCGCUGGCCUCCCUUCGCUUCCUCUAUCUACUCCGAAGAAAACCCUAGCUUCUCAAACCUCCGGCCGUGGCGGAGUUCUUUUGCUUUCGAAAGAUCCAGACAACAUUCGUGAGAUCGCACUAAGGGAAUUCGGCGAUCUCGUUUCUGAAGAGACCGAGGUUUCUGAAUCGGCGCUCGUUAGAGACGUCCUCUACGUUUCUCAAGGGAUCGAUGGUCGGUAUGUGAAAUUCGAUGAGAAAUCGGAUUCGUAUGAGCUUCUGCAGAGCUUGAAGGUUCCGAGAUCUACUCGGAUCUUGGUAAGGAAACUUGCUGAGCUAGGGUUUUUGUUCAGAAAGGUGAGAAAUUAUAUUAAUGAUAGUAUGGCGAGAUUUGUAGCUGAAGAGGUUGGGACUGUAGGUCAAGCUUUUGCUUCAGCAUUGCAAGAUGAGUUGUCUGAUUUCUAUAAGUUGCUGGCAGUUCUUGAAUCACAGUCAUCAACUCCGAUCCCAAUGACAGGAUCGGAUUCUGGUUCGCCAGAGAAUUACCUUUCCUUGAGAAGGUUGGCUGUGUGGCUAGCUGAACCGAUGGUUAGAAUGCGAUUGAUGGCGGUUCUUGUUGAUAAAUGUAGAGAUUUGAAAGGUGGAGCAAUGGCCGGAGCUAUUCAUGGACAAUCUCAGCAUGGUGAUCCUUUGGUUCAGGAGUUUAUGGGUCGGUUGCUUCGAAGAGUUUGUUCACCAUUGUUUGAGAUGGUGAGGAGUUGGGUCCUUGAAGGAGAGUUAGAGGAUGUGUUUAAUGAAUUUUUCAUUGUAAGCCAACCGGUAAAGGUGGAAGCUUUGUGGAGGGAGGGAUAUCGAAUUCAGUCAUUGAUGCUUCCUUCUUUCAUUUCUUCGGUUUUGGCUCAGAGGAUUUUGAGGACAGGAAAGUCGAUUAAUUUCCUUAGGGUUUGUUGUGAGGAUAAUGGAUGGGCUGAUGCUGCUGCCGAGGCGGCAGCCCAUGUUGGAACUACCACGAGAAGGGGUGGGCUUGGUUAUGGUGAAACCGAUGCCUUAGAAGCUUUGGUUAUUGAAGCAGCAAAGAGGAUUGAUCGACACUUGAUGGAUGUGGUUCAUGGAAAAUACAGAUUUAAGGACCAUUGUCUAGCUAUUAAGAGGUACCUUCUUUUAGGACAGGGAGACUUUGUUCAGUAUCUGAUGGAUAUUGUAGGGCCUGAGCUGUCUGAACCUGCAAACACUAUUAGCUCGUUCCAGCUUGCUGGACUUCUUGAGACAGCGAUUCGAGCAUCUAAUGCUCAGUAUGAUGACCGAGAUAUUCUUGAUCGUUUGAAGGUGAGAAUGAUGGAGCAUGGGGAUGGUGAUCGAGGAUGGGAUGUCUUUGCUCUAGAGUAUGGUGCUAGAGUGCCACUGGACACUGUUUUCACAGCAUCUGUCAUGAAAAGAUACCACAGAAUAUUUAAUUUCUUAUGGAAGCUUAAAAGGGUUGAGCAUGCUUUGAUCAGGGUUUGGAAGACGGUGAAGCCGAACUGCAUAAUCUCAUGUUCUCUUGCUAAAGAACCGGCAGUUAGAGUUCAGUUUGUGUCGGUGCUUCGGAGGUGCCAGGUGAUUUGGAACGAAAUGAACCAUUUCGUGACAAAUUUUCAGGAUUAUAUAAUGUUUCAGGUUCUUGAAGUUUCCUGGGCGAGAUUCUCGGAGGAAAUGGAUGCAGCUAAGGAUUUGGAUGAUCUACUUGCUGCACAUGACAAGUACCUUGGGUCGAUCGUUGAGAAGUCUCUUCUUGGGGAGAGGUCUCAAGGGAUAAUCAAGACCCUCUUUGUGUUGUUUGACCACAUUUUGAAAUUUCGAAGUCUUGCUGAUCGGUGGUUUGAAAGGAUAUAUGAGUUGCAAAACAGAGGGAAAAGUUCUAGAGCAAAAUCAAAAGAUCUCUCAAAGUCGGGAUCGUGGUUUGAUGGUGGGAGGAAAUCAAUGAUCCAACUUGCUGGAGAUUUUCUUAAAAAGAUGGGUGAAGAUCUAGAUGUGAUUGCAAAGGAUUACUCAUCAUCACUUGAUGCGUUCAUUUCCCAAUUGCCAUUGCAGCAACACGUUGACCUGAAAUUUCUCCUGUUCCGAUUAGACUUUACUGAGUACUAUAGCCGUCUUUCUCCCAGUAAAUAAACAUCACGAGAGCAGAUGAAUCAGCCUGGCAAAAGCAGCAUUCUGCCAAGCCUGCCAUUGGUGUUUGUUGUAUGAUUUGACACAUUCCCUGAAAUCUUUAGUUGGGUAUUCAUUUUGUAUAUACAAACCAAGGUGUCUGUUAACAGAAGUGUUGAUCAUUGGAGAAUUCAGGUGAGCUUUGUUGCUGUGUAUUUUGGAUCUCAAAUUCUCAAUCCAUUAGUGUGCAUUCAUGUGUUUUGAUGGUGUUCUACUUUUUAUUGAUUGGUUCUUUUACAUGGGGAUAUUAUAAAAUUGCCCAUGAAAAUAUGUAUCCUUUUGGAAAUAUGAUAUAAUCUUUCACUAAAUUAUGGCUUCUGGCUUCA